CAUCCAUAAUUGAAGACUAACCAAGUGGAUUUGUUGUCUGAGGUCUAAGCCUUUUGUGUCAGUUCUGCGAGGUAUCUCUCAUCGUGAACAUGUCGGACGAUAGGAUAGCUGUAAACGUAAGCGAGGGAAAGUUGAUCGGCAUCAUCGAAAAGGAAGAUGUUUACGGCAAUAAGUAUGCCGCCUUUCGAGGAAUACCCUACGCCCAACCGCCAGUUGGCGAACUCAGGUUUAAGGAUCCGGUACCACCGAAACCGUGGCCCGGCGACAGAGACGCCUCGAAAUACGGAAAUAUCUGUAUUCAGCAGGACAUAUUCACGCAAGAAUUUGAUGGCGACGAGGACUGUCUUUACCUAAACGUGUACACCACAGACAUCAAACCUCAAACCAAACGUCCUGUGAUGGUAUGGAUACACGGCGGCGGAUUUUAUUUAGGUUCUGGAGAUGCUAAACUAUACGGUCCCGACUAUAUAAUCCAGAAAGACGUGGUAUUGAUCACUCUGAACUAUAGACUGGGCGUCUUCGGUUUUCUCAAUCUGUACGACAAAGUGGCAACUGGCAAUCAAGGUUUGAAAGAUGUGGUCAUGGCGUUGCAAUGGGUCCGGAAGAACGUGUCGCAGUUCGGCGGAAAUCCCGAAAACGUGACUAUCUUUGGCGAGAGCGCUGGCGGAGUCAUUGUGCAUUGCUUGACUAUAUCCUCAUUAGCCAAAGGUUUAUUUCACAAAGCGAUAUCGCAGAGCGGCGUCGCCACAUGUCCCUGGGCUUUUGCCGAUCGAGAGCCUCGCCCCGCGGGUUUCCAGCUCGCUGAGAUACUUGGCAAAAAAACAUCAGAUCCGAAAGUAGCUUACGAGUUUCUGAAAAGCAUCGAUGCAAAAACACUAAGACAAGCCGAACUAACAACUUUUCAGACAGAAAAUGAACGUCGGAAACUCCUGUUCUUGUUCGUACCAAGUCUGGACUUGGAAUCGUCGAGUCCAUUCUUCGCGGAAGACUUGCACAAGUUGGUACAACGUGGUGUCAAAGUGCCGUUUCUCUUAGGUUACACCAGUAAUGAAGGAGCAAUGUUCGUGGACAGGAGCAAACAAAAUAUUGAAAAACUCAAUUCCAACUUUAAAAGAGCUGUACAUCCUAGAUUGCUGUCUGAGUUACCGCAGAUACCGAUUACGGUCGAAGAGCUGCGAUUUCUGUAUUUCGGUAACAAAGCGGUGUCGGAAGAAACUCUGCUGAAUUACUCCGCUUUUCUCACCGACUCGGUAAUGAUACGCAACAUCGUGCAAACAGCCGAUAUCCAAACGAAAUCUGGCAGCAGACAAACGUAUCUGUACGAAUUUGCAUACAGAUCCGAAAAUAAUCCUAUGAGAAUGUUCUCAAACAACCUUCCAGGCGCGUGUCACGGUGAGGAGCUAUUUUUCUUAUUUUAUCCUCAUAUGAUAAGAGACAUGGGGCUGUCAACACCCACGCCCGACUCGGACGAUUACAAGAUCAUCAAGUGCAUGACGCAAAUGUGGACGGAUUUUGCUAAAACAGGGAAUCCAACGCCGGCUCGCACGAAUGUAACUCCGGUUAAGUGGAAACCACUGAAACGUGGAAAUUUGUGUAAUUAUUUAAACAUCGACAGUGAACUUCGGGCGAAAAUUUUCCGCAAAGGAGAACAACGUUGGGACUGGAAGAGCGUAAAAAAUAAGCUAUAAUUCUGUAUGAUCUCUUUGCUCAAGUGCUCUUGUCAUUACAUUUUAGUUUUUUCUUCAGAUUUGGUUAUUUGUUAGGUUAGGUUUCCUUUGUGCCAACAUUUGGACAGGAAUUUGUGUUUUUGUUUUAGAAUGUCUUUUAUAUCUCAUUUGUUCUAGAUCCAUUAAAUGUAGUAUAUAUAUGCGUUUAAAAUAUAUUUUACGCGGAUUACGGGAUAUCUCUAGAAUCUUCUCUGAGUGCGAAAAUUGCAUUAAUCAUUUGACUCAAUGUCGCAUAGUGAGAAGGAACACAAUUCGAUAUUGAAUA